AUGCCUCAGCCCCCGGUGGAUGGUGUGGAGGACUCCACCGUGACCCAGUGGUUCAGGGAUGCCGACUCCGACAGCGACGGCAGGGUGGCCGAUCACGAGGCUCGAGCCUUCUUCCUGCGCUCUGGCUUGUCAUCUGCUGACCUGAGCAAGAUCUGGCGCCUUGUGAAGAGCCCGGAGGUGGUGGCUCGGGAGGGCAAGGGCCUGACGGAGCACCGAUUCAGGCUCAUGCUCCGCCUGAUUGCUCUGGCACAGAGCGAGCACCCCUUCACGAGCAAGAACGCCGACGUGGCGCUCAGCCCUGCCACCUGGCUGACAGAGCAUGGCGGCCCCUUGCCCGCCCCCGUGUUUGGGCCCGCGGCUCGGGUCGAAACCCCUGCAGGCCGCCUGCCUGCCGGUGCGGUGCUCAAGUCACGGGCACCCGAGCCACCCUGCGAAGACCUGGCGCUGCUGCACCUUACGGGAGCGUCAGGGGCGGCGCCCGGGCAGCAGCGGGCGGGGGCGCAGCGCGGGGUGCCGGCGCCAGCGCCAGGCGCUGCAGUCCCCUCAGUGACAGCGAGUGGCAACCCCUUUGCGGCCUCCGUCUUCCAGGAGGCCAGCUUCCCGGCGAGCCCGGCCCCGCCAGGGGCUGACCCGGCGGCCCCCUUUUCCCAGGACCAUCCCAGCUACGCCAGCUCUCACCCCGCCAUCCAGACGAGCCAGUCCUCGCCGUGGGCUGACGAGGACGUGUUCGGCCUCGCUGCCCUCGCUGCCAGGGCAGAGGUGCCGGCGGCCGAAGGAAGCGGGGCCGGCGUCACCUCCCAGAGACCUGCCUCCCGAGCCGCCGGCGUCGCCUCCGGCAAGGAGGUGCCGCUGGGCGUGGAGCUGCGCCUCCCGCCCCUGGACCCGAAACACGGCGCCCACCUCUGCAUGCUGGGCGCGCUGGGCUGGAGCGGCGGCCUGCUGGCCGGACCCUCAUUGGAGGGGGGCCUGCAGCAGUAUGGGUGUACUGCCCGGGACCGCAUGGUCGCCCCGGCUCGGGAGGACGCGGACGCGGCGCCCUCCCACACCUUUGGCCCGCCGCGGAAGAAGGCCGUCACCGCGCUCUUCGUCGACCACGCCGCGACCGUCGUCUGGACCGGCGACCGCGAUGGCUGGGUCACCGGCUACGACCUGUCCCGCGCCAGCCCCGGCCAGCCCCUGUCUUCCUCCGAGGUGGGCUGGCAGUGGCAGGCGCACCGUCUGGGGCACAUCACCGCCCUCUGCGUCAGCCCCUCCAGCGGCCACCUCUGGACGGGGUCCUCCCGCGGCCACAUUCGCAUCUGGCCCCGGGCCCCACCAGCCCCGCAGGGCCACUUCCCUGCUGGCCCUCUGACCACGCGUGAGGUGCGGCGCGGCCGCGAUGACAAACCGCACGGCGGCCCGGUCCGCUUCCUGGCGGCCGCGGCCGACGGCUCGACCGUGUGGUCGGCCUCCCGCUCCACCAUCCUCCUCUGGGACGCAGCCUGCGGUGCCUUCCUGGGCGUGCUCGUGCGCGGCGGCGCCGCCGCCGCCGCGGGUGGCAGGGAGGCCGUGGAGGGGGAGGAGGCCUGGGGCCUUUCCUCGGCGCCCUCCUACACCGGCCUGGAUGCCGACGCCGACUCCAAGCAGCGCAUCCCCUCGGCCCGCGGCCUGGCGCUGGGCCCCACCGGGCGGCCCCUGGCCCUGCUCCCCCGCGACUUCCACCCGCGCCUGGUCGCCGACCAGGAGAACUGGGCCGCGCUCUCCGACCGCGGCGUGGCCGAGUUCGUGGAGCGCGUGCACAUGGGCGGCUCCCGGGUCGUGCAGGGCGCAGGCAAGGCCGUGCGCAUGCUGGGCAAGCUGGGCAAGAAGGUGGCCAAGAACCUGCGCGACCCCAGGGCCGACGCGGGCGAGGAGGGCGGCGGCGUCCCCGCCGCCUUCCCGGGCGUGGAGGCGGGGCUGAUGCCGCUGCGCGGCUGGAGGGCGCACCGCGCCGCCGUGAUGGCGCUGGCCGCCGGCCCGGGCCGCAUCUACUCCCUCGCCGCCUCGGGGGAAAUCGUCGCCUGGCCGGCGGCGCAGGCCAGCUUGCACAGCGCCGCUGUCCCCUCUGCACAACGGCUGUGGAGGGAGGUGGCCGCCACAACCUUCAGCCGGCGCAGCCUGCGUGCCCUGGCCCUCACCUGGAACGUGAACGAGUGCAAGCCCGACCCGGACUCGUCGCAGGAGAUUGAGAUGGGGAGCUCCAGCGUGGCGCUGGCGGCGGCCAAGGACGCCAUCUCCUACCGCAUGCAGGAGCGGGGCAACACCAACGCCAAGUUCUGGAGCGGCGCCGUGCUGCGCGCGCUGGGCGGGGAAGCAGCCUGGCAGUUGGUCGGCCUACGCCAGCUCUCCGGCAUGCUCGUCCUGGCCUACGCCCGCCACGACCUCAAGGAGUGGCUGGGGGAGGUGGCCACCGCCUCGGUCGCCUGCGGCGUGCUGGGGGUGGGCGGGAACAAGGGCGCCGUGGCGGUGGAGUUCUCGCUCUUCCGCCACAAGGUCGCGCUGCUGUGCUCCCACUUCGCCGCCCACCAGGGCGCGGUGGAGGCGCGCAACGCCAACUACCAGGCCAUCGUGAAGGCGCUGACCUUCACGCGCCGCGCCUGGCUGGCCGACGAGGACGUGGACGAGGCGCUGGCGGCGCCAGGGGGCGCCGGCCUGGGCGAUGGGGAUGAAGCGGAGGCGGGGACGUCGGGCCCCCAGCUCACCACGCUGGGGCCCGGUGCCAGUGCGGCGAACCUGGCCGAGGCCGCUGCGGCGCAGGACCCCUUGGUGCAGGGCGACGCUGUUCAGAAGGCGGAGGCCCUGAUCUGGGCGGGGGACUUCAACUACCGCAUCGACGGCCCCUACGAGGACAUCCGGGACAGGGCCGUGCGCAACGACUGUGCCAGCCUGCUGCCCCUGGACCAGUGCCGGCGGGAGAUGGCGGCGGGGCAGACCUUCCGUGGCAUGCGGGAGGGGCCCAUCACCUUCCGCCCCACUUACAAGUUCGACAAGGCCUCGGCCAACCCCUUUGCCUACGACUCGUCGGAGAAGCGCAGGGUCCCGGCCUGGUGCGACCGCAUCUUUUUCCGCGGCUGCCCCGCCUUUCCCUCCCCAGAGCCCUUGCCCGACGAGCGAGACGCCUGGGCUGAUCGGGCCACGGCAGGCCCAGACGUUGUGCUGAUGACCUGCCACGAGUAUGGCUGCUGGGCCGACGUCGCCGAGUCCGACCACAAGCCUGUGUAUGCCCUGCUGGGCAUAGACCUGUCGGUGAACGACUGGGAGGCGCGGCGUGCGAGGCGCAACCAGAUCCUGGACGGCCUGGCAGAGGAGGAGAUGGCGGGGCGGGUGCCGCUGGACGAUGAAGACGCCGUGAAGUUGACCCCGGACCGACUGCAGCUGAGGGGCAGCGUGGGCAAGUCCUGUCAGCUGCAGAACAGCCUGGGGCGCACGCUCCGAUUCAGCGUGGUCGUCCCCCCAAGGUCUCUUGAGGAGGGGCUCCGGGUCUUCCCGCUGGGGGGAGCCCUGCCACCCGACGCCACGCUGCAGCUGCAUUUGGAGUUUGACCCCGGGAGCGGGGCUCUGCACAAGAACAGAGACCUUGUCGCACGGCUGACGGUCGUCGUGUCGGAGGAGGGCGACCUUGGAAGCCAGCCUGGACAGCACGCGUCCCAACUCCUGACCCUCCCUCUGGAAGUCUCGGUGGCGCCACCCCUCUACUGA